UUAAGAUAGCUUCAGAUUAGGAUACAUGUUUCAGUCUUCUUUUCUGAAACCUGUAGAGAUGAAGCCGUUACUUUUUAUUCUUGUCGUGUACUUCUUUAAUAUUCUGGAAGGAGUUAAGUCAUAUGAUCCAUUGGACGAUAUAAUUGAUGAUUUAACUUUCGUGCGAAGACAAAAGGACGAGGACGCAAAAGAUCCCAGUAUAAACCCAUUUGCUAUUUACGAAAUCUCCGCUACAAUCUACGCUAAUAAGUUCAUCGAUUUUUUGAAAAACUUCACCGACACCGAAGAAAAAACAUCGGCGCGAUUCAAAAAAUUAAGUUCCACUACGUGGCUGGGUCAUUACAUGAUGAAGGUGCAUUUGGCUGUAAAUUUGUCUAAUCAAAUGUCCCUAAGUGGAACAGCUUUCGAGACUCGCUUUUCGGAGUUCAUUCAGAAGAAAAAUCUGAAAAUCAUGCGAAAUAUUUGUUACAUCUUAAGCACUUGGUUAGACAGUAUGCUGGAGAAUUCGGUGAAUGACGUUAAAACGUCACCCCAAAUAUCUGUAGAUGCUAUUCGUCAUCUUUACAUCGCAGGCCAAUCAGUACUGGCCGAUUCAAAUAACGACCGUUUCAAGAGAUUUGGAGUGUAUUUCAUUUAUUUUUAUGGCGCAGUAAAACGAAUUAAAGGCACAAACGCAUUUUAUAAAGACCCAGUUACUUUUAGAGAGUACACAAACUUGGUGAAUAAAUAUAUCACAGACCAAACUGGAGGGUUGGGAUACAGUUAUAUCAGUUCCAGAAUUAAAGCAAUUAAAAGUAAGUUGGAAGAUAGAUCAACAGAGGUGGCCAAUGCAGUAUUCGAUGAUGUGUCAACGCAAUUUAUUAACCUGUUUUAUAAUAUUCUUGAAAAAUUCUCGAGUAAAUUGGACGUGAAAAGCAUAAACGAACAGUGCAAAAAGUACAUUGAAAUCUUUGAGAGUAAAGGAGAUGAUCAAAAUUACCAAAUCGUCCAAGAUGGCCACAAAAUGUUGACGCAAUUAUUUGGACCGAAAAAAAGUCGAAGCAAUUGUUGCGGAAGUUAAAUUCAUUUUUGCCAUCGCCUUACAAUUACAUUUUACGUCAAUUAAAAACAAAAAUAAAAAAUACUUUUUUCAAUCAUUUUAUUUUCAA